CACACAGACACACUCACAGAGCCUAUACCUGCCUCUACUUGUCUGUUCUGGGCAGAUGGCUCUCGGUUUUUGGGUCGCCUCAUCCUGCAGCCCACUUCAGUUAGACCCUUUCUUCUGUGGAGACUGGCAAGCAGUAGGGUGAAGGAUUCGGCAAGGUUGCCUGUCUUCAGAGUAUGAAGGACACUGCCCGGCGAGGGAAGAGGGUUAUAUUUAGUGUUUGGGCCCAGUCAGUAUUGGGCUCCCCACUGCCUCUCCUUUGCAGAACUGUCAGUGGCCUCUGGUUGCAAACUCUCCGUGGCUUUGAAGCCCACAAAACAAAAACUGAAAGAGUGUCCAAAAAGAAAAGAAGAAAACACUGUUGUUGGUUUCUGGAUUCCACUAUUGGAUUUUGGUGGGGAUGAGAAGAGAGAGCUACUGGGCGUAAUCAAGCAAAGGUGCCUCCUGCACAGUACGGCUUUAAAGAAUGCGUUCCAGAAGCAGUGACACAGAGGGCUCAGCCCAAAAGCAAUUUCCAAGACACAGUAAAGGCCAUGGGUUCCAAGGGCCUGAGGACAUGAAACAGAGACAGGAAGACAAAGACCCCACCAGUGAGUCAGAUGCCAUUCUUCCCUGUCCUAAGUCACAGAGUGGUAUCAGUCACCAUGGAGAAGACCUCUCAAGAGAUGACCUAUUAUUUCUUCUGAGCAUUCUGGAAGGAGAACUGCAGGCUCGAGAUGAAGUCAUAGGCAUUUUAAAGGCUGAAAAAAUGGACUUGGCUUUGCUGGAAGCUCAGUAUGGGUUUGUCACUCCAAAAAAGGUGUUAGAGGCUCUCCAGCGAGAUGCUUUUCAAGCAAAAUCUGCCCCUUGGCAGGAAGACAUCUAUGAAAAACCAAUGAAUGAGUUGGACAAAGUAAUGGAAAAACAUAAAGAAUCUCAUAGACGAAUCCUGGAACAGCUUUUAAUGGCAGAAAAAUCCCAUAGGCAAACUAUCCUGGAAUUGGAGGAAGAAAAGAGAAAACAUAAAGAAUACAUGGAGAAGAGUGAUGAAUUCAUAAGCUUACUAGAACAGGAAUGUGAAAGAUUAAAAAGGCUGAUUGACCAAGAAACCAAGUCCCAGGAGAAGAAGGAACAAGAAAAGGAAAAGAGGGUCACCGCCCUGAAAGAGGAGCUGACCAAACUAAAGUCUUUUGCUUUGAUGGUGGUGGACGAACAACAAAGGCUGACAGCACAGCUUGCCCUUCAAAGACAGAAAAUCCAAGACCUAACCACAAGUGCGAAGGAAACACAUGCUAAACUAGCCCUUGCUGAAACCAGAGUUCAGGAAGAAGAGCAGAAGGCAACCAGACUAGAGAAAGAACUGCAAACACAAACCACAAAGUUUCACCAGAACCAAGAAACAAUUAUGGCAAAGCUCACCAAUGAGGACAGCCAAAAUCGCCAGCUUCGACAAAAGCUGGCAGCACUCAGCCGGCAAAUUGAUGAGUUAGAAGAGACAAACAGGUCUUUACGAAAAGCAGAAGAGGAGCUGCAAGAUAUAAAAGAAAAAAUCAACAAGGGAGACUAUGGAAACUGUGGAAUCAUGGCUGAGGUGGAGGAGCUCAGGAAACGGGUACUAGAAAUGGAAGGGAAGGAUGAGGAACUCAUAAAAAUGGAGGAACAGUGCAGAGAUCUCAAUAAGAGGCUCGAAAAGGAAACAUCACAGAGUAAAGACUUCAAACUUGAGGUUGAAAAACUCAAUAAAAGGAUUAUGGCUCUGGACAAAUUAGAAGAUGCCUUCAACAAGAGCAAACAAGAAUGUUACUCUCUGAAAUGCAAUUUAGAAAAAGAAAGGAUGACCACAAAGCAGUUGUCUCAAGAACUGGAAAGUUUAAAAGUCAGGAUCAAAGAGCUAGAAGCCAUUGAAAGUCGGCUGGAAAAGACAGAAUUCACCCUAAAAGAGGACUUAACUAAACUGAAAACAUUAACUGUGAUGCUGGUAGAUGAAAGGAAAACAAUGAGUGAAAAAUUAAAGCAAACUGAAGAUAAGUUACAAGCUGCUUCUUCUCAGCUUCAAAUGGAGCAAAAUAAAGUGACAACAGUUACAGAGAAGUUAAUUGAAGAAACAAAAAGGGCACUGAAGUCCAAGACUGAUGUGGAAGAAAAAAUGUACAGUGUCACCAAGGAGAGAGAUGAUCUAAAGAACAAACUGAAAGCAGAAGAAGAGAAAGGAAAUGAUCUCUUGUCCAAAGUUAAUAUGUUGAAAAACAGGCUUCAAUCAUUGGAAGCAAUUGAGAAAGAUUUCCUAAAAAACAAAUUAAAUCAAGAUUCUAGUAAGUCCACAAUAGCAUUACACCAUGAAAACAAUAAGAUUAAAGAGCUCUCCCAAGAAGUGGAAAGACUGAGACUGAAGUUAAAGGAUAUGAAAGCCAUUGAGGAUGACCUUAUGAAAACAGAAGAUGAGUAUGAGACUCUAGAACGAAAGUAUGCUAAUGAGCGAGAUAAAGCUCAAUUUUUAUCUGAAGAGCUGGAACAUGUUAAAAUGGAACUUGAUAAGUACAAGUUAGCAGAAAAGACAGAGUCCAGCCAUGAACAAUGGCUUUUCAAAAGGCUUCAAGAAGAAGAAGCUAAAUCAGGGCACCUCUCAAGAGAAGUGGACGCACUGAAAGAGAAAAUUCAUGAAUAUAUGGCAACUGAGGACCUGAUAUGUCAUCUCCAGGGAGAUCAUUCAGUUCUGCAAAAGAAACUCAAUCAACAAGAAAACAGGAACAGAGAUUUAGGAAGAGAGAUAGAAAACCUCACUAAAGAGUUAGAGAGGUACCGGCAUUUUAGUAAGAGCCUCCGGCCUAGUCUCAAUGGAAGAAUCAUCUCUGACCCUCAAGUAUUUUCUAAAGAAGUUCAGACAGAAGUAGUAGACAAUGAGCCACCCGAUUACAAGAGUCUCAUUCCUCUGGAACGAGCAGUCAUCAAUGGUCAGUUGUAUGAGGAGACUGAGGACCAGGAUGAAGACCCUAAUGACGAGGAAUCGGUGCUGUCCUUCAAAUGCAAUUCAUCUACUCCCUGUCCUGUUAACAGGAAACUAUGGAUUCCCUGGAUGAAAUCUAAGGAGAGCCAUCCUCAGAAUGGAAAAAUACAAACUAAGCCCAAUGGAAACUUCAUGCAGCCUGGAGAUCUAGUUCUAAGCCACACACCUGGGCAGCCACUUCAUAUAAAAGUUACUCCAGACCAUGUCCAAAACACAGCCACUCUUGAAAUCACAAGUCCGACCACAGAGAGUCCUCACUCUUACACAAGUACUGCAGUGAUACCAAACUGUGGUACCCCAAAGCAAAGGAUAACCAUCCUCCAAAAUGCCUCCAUAACACCGGUGAAAUCCAAAACCUCUGCUGAAGGCCUCAUGAAUUUAGAGCAAAGCAUGUCCCCAAUUACCAUGGCAACCUUUGCCAGAGCACAGACCCCAGAGUCUUGUGGUUCUAUAACUCCAGAAAGGACAAUGUCACCUAUUCAGGUUUUGGCUAUGACUGGUUCAGCAGGCUCUCCUGAGCAGGGACGUUCCCCAGAGCCAAUAGAAAUCAGUGCCAAGCAUGCGAUUUUCAGAGUCUCCCCUGACCGACAGUCAUCAUGGCAGUUUCAACGUUCAAACAGCAAUAGUUCAAGUGUGAUAACUACUGAGGAUAAUAAAAUCCACAUUCACUUAGGAAGUCCUUACAUGCAAGCUGUAGCCAGCCCCGUGAGACCUGCCAGCCCUUCAACACCACCACAGGAUAACCGAACUCAAGGCUUAACUAAUGGGGCACUAAACAAAACCACCAAUAAAGUCACCAGCAGUAUUACUAUCACACCAACAGCCACACCUCUUCCUCGACAAUCACAAAUUACAAUCAAGGAGGUAUGCAAGCAGAGAAUCCCAACACGGAUCCCUAAACCAAAAUCUACAGGCAACACUAAGCUUUCCCCUAAAGCUCCCCUGGGGCCUAUGGAUAAAUCCAAUCACCACACUGGGUGUGGGAAGCUACACAUCAUAAGGACUGUCACCUCUAACACUUUUGUCCACAUGGGAGGGAAAAGGUAAGUCAUGCCAACGCACUGUCUGGACACAUUCACCUACAGAAGUAUCUGGAAAGCUAAAAUUACCACUAUGAAGGCCAAAGAGGAAAGGUCAUCUCUCUCCAAGAAAUGGUAAAGCAGCAAAAUGACAAGUAAUUCAUUCACAGGUUGCUGGACCUGGGGAAUAGUAUCCUGAAAGAGCGGCACACCUACAAUUGUUACUUAUAUGGGUGUAUGUGCAUAUACACACAAACAAGCCCAAAUCCUUCUAAUUCCUCAUUGUACUUACAAGCCAGCCCAAAGCUGGACCAUUGGCAUGGGAUAGGACUGAAUUCAUGAGAACAAUUCAAAAGUUUUCUGGUGAACUCAGAAGUAACUCUUUCAUUUCACAGAACUUUACUGAAUCAUAAUUUGCUAAGAAGAUAUGCUACCAAGAAUUCCUAAUCUGCUUCAAGAAAAUCAGAUUAUUUCCAUCAAAAUGGCAGGACAAUUGAAAUUUUACUUUAAGGUCUAAAACUAUGAUUUCUUUACAACCAGAAGAAGGAAAAAAAGUGGUAAGGAACAACAAAGAACAAAGAAAGGAACAACAAAAAUGAGUAAAAGGUGAACACAUUCUUUAUGUGAAGGACUUGAUAAUCACUGGUGUAAUAUGCACACUUAAGUGCUGGCAAUUAGUCCUCUGUCUCACUUCUAGUAAGUUGCCCUUCCUAUAUAUGCCAGGCCAUGGAAUCACAUUGGUAGGCUUACUAGGAAAACCAUUUUAGAUUUGUGCUUUCUAAAGCAAUCAGGACACUUAAGAGUCAAAGGUCACUAAUACUGAGAUCUUUUUGGGAGAUGAGAAUCACUGUCCUAGGUGUUUUAAAAAAAAAAAGACAACUUAUCAUUUCAUCAGACAUUCUUUAAUCACAUCACUUCUUUGAAUCAGUGCUAUAGAAAAACACAGUUGAUUCAGCAAAAGACUCAAAUUCCAAUCCUAGCUUUUUACUCAUUUGACAAUAAGUUUGGCAUUCAUCAGUCUGGGCCUUGAGUCUCUUAUAUGUAAAACCGGAGAACUGAAAUAGUUCUUCAGGUUCUGAUAACCCAUGAAUGAAUCCAACCAGUCAUCUAUUAGGCGGACUCAAUCCUCUAGCAGUAGUAAGCUCAAGUAAUUCUUUCCAUCACACUUAAAACUCUCACAUUGAAUAAAGAGAAAGGUACGUCUAAUCCAGUGUGGAUAGAGCAACACAAUAAUGUUAUACGACAGCAAUUUUUGACAGUUAUGUUGUACAAAGUUUCAGUCAGAAAAAAAAAAAAUUCUAUGAAGAGCAUGAUUCAAGGUUCUCUAUGAUCCUGCAUUAAGAACUGGAGACUGGAUCCUGGGAGAAAUUCCAAAAGGACAUUGCUUUAAAGCCAGUGAUCCUGGGAUGGAGCCAGCAGAGUAGUAGGAUGGAGCCUCAGCCUGUCAUAUACCACUGCCAUCCUUUGCUCAUCCAACCAAGCCUGCUUCAGUGUGCUUGUCAUUGUACAAGUACCUCUGGAUCAACUCCAAGGAGGAAGAGAAGGAGAUGGAAGUCUGGGUAGCAUUAAGCUAUGCAAGCCAAAGAGAGGGAUGAUGUGCAGCAGUCCCAACAGGCAAGUGGCAGAGGAAGAAGCUGGGGGAGGUCAGGUGAAUUAAAAGCCUGAAAUGGAAAAGUCUAAGUUGAAAAGCAGUAAGAGAAUAGUAGCAGGAAGUGAACUACAAAAGAAGGUGACAAAGCUCUGAUGCAAACAUACAAGAGAAACAGUUCAGAAGGAAAUGCAGGGUAGUAACAGGUGGACAGUGGACAGUGUGGUGGGAAAAUGUGCAGGGUGCUUAGUGUUGGGCCUGCAAUAUGCAGGUAAUAUUAAAGGAACAGAGGAUGAAAGAAUGAUGGAGAGAAGGGCCGUUCAAUCAAGACAUAAGUGAGAAAAUGUACUGAGAGAUGGCAGUGGUAUAUGACAGGCUGAGGAAAAGCAGUUGUCAUGUGAUUGACAUUUAAGACUGAUAAUUAUGCUAAUGGAAAGAAAAAAACAUUGGACCUCCUAUAGAGGAAACCAAACAGACUGAAAAUGGGAAAAACAAGCAUAAAAUACUCCCAGAAAAAAACAAAACACUGGGAACAUUUUUACCUUAAAGAAGAGCACAAAAUAUGAUGUAUGUUGGAUAUUUUUAAAUUGUUUUCUCCUAAGUUAGGAGACUCCUUAAAGGACAUUUUCAUGCCAAGCUGGCAUAAGCUCAAGAGAAGCAAGAAAAGAGGGACAAGAUAUUGUACAAAGUACUAAAAAAGAGUCGACAAAUAGUGACACUUUUUUUAAAAGAUUUUAUUUAUUUAUUCAUGAGAGACUCACAGAGAAAGGCAGAGAUGUAGGCAGAGGGAAAAGCAUGCUCCAUGUAGGGAGCCUGAUGUGGGACUCCAUCCCGGGGCUCCGGGAUCAUGCCCCGGGCCAAAGGCAGACGCUCAACCACUGAGCCACCCAGGCAUCCCAAAUAGUGACAUUUCUAUGGCAAGCAGCAAAAACCCAUAUUUAAAUGGUAACAGUUCUAAUCCCAGUAAGACAAAAGUCUUUGAAAUAACAAAGUCUAUUUUAACAAGAGGAUUACCAACCAAAACCCAUGCUUAUUUUAAAGCAAUAUGUAACACAAUAAAAACGCAUAAACAGCUUACAACUGGGAAUACUAUUUGGAGUUCAACAAAAUGGUAUUUGAUCUAUAACACAACUGAAAUACAAAGAACCCUGUCUCCUGAGCAUAAUCUAUUUUUGCAGAAAUGUGGCCCCUCUGUAAAACAGUAAAAAUAAAAUAAGCUAUCCUAAUUCUAGACUUAACUUUAUUAAGUUUUUAGAAGAAAGCAGAUAAAUAUCCAAGUGAAUAAAAACAAAUCCAAGUUGUAACAAGAAUUUUAAAAACCUGAUAGUUUUAUGCUGGAGGUUUUCCUCAGCCCUUCAUUUAUUUAGCUUCAGUGAUUUCUGAACUAAUCUCCUUUUAACUAUUCGGAAUAAGGUAUCUGAUUUUUAACAGUAAUGUAAUGAUCCAACGUAUGACUGAUAGUGAUGGACUAAGUAAUGGAGUAUUUGAUGUAAAAUGCAAUUCCCUCUGGGAUAUGUUUCAAAUUCCUGUUCUAGAGGACAUGUGACAUACAACUCAGGUUCUGACACUGAAUCUGGGACAGGGGUAUGCAAACUGCAGCCUGCAGGUCAAAUCAGCUCACUGUUUUUGUAUGUCCUAUGUUAACAAUUAUUUACAUUUUUAAAUAGCAGGAAAAAAGUCAAUGAAUAUUUUACAAAAUGUGAAAAUUACAUGAAAUUCAAUUUUUAUUGUCCACAGAUAGUUUAAUUGGAACAUGGCCACACUUAUUUGUUUACAUAUGAUUGUUACACAUGAUUGCUUUUAUGCUACAAUGUCAGAAUUGAGUAGUUGUGACAGUGACUGGACAGCAAAGCCUAAAAUAUUUACUAUCUGGCUUUUUACAAAGAAAGUUUCUGAUCUCUGGUCUAGUGUGAAUUACACUAGCAAGGAAUUCAGAAACAAGAGCUUAAGAGUUUAAUCAACUAACUAAAAAAAAUACUAGUAAUUUAAGAACUAAGAAUUCUUUGAAAGCUGAUGAAAAUAGGGAAACUAUAUUUCAAAUUGUUUUAUUGUAGGAAAGGGUUCAACUAAAGAACAUCAGGUAAGAACAGGUCAAAGGACUUGUACCACAAAAAAAUGUAAUGUGUUGUUGCUGAAUCUGAGAGGAGAAAUGGAAGUAUUUCUAGGUCUUCCAAAUUCCUGGUAUUUUUCAAGAGAUUCAUAGACAUUUAACAAAAUCAAGCAGAACUACUAUGCACCUAGUUGGAGAAAGAUGUACAAAUUUGUACCUUGAAAUGCUUACAAUUGUUGUCAAGAACCACUUGUUAAAUCACUUGUAAGAACCAUGGAAAUUGCAUACAAUAAAGUAAAAGUAGCCCAUGAA